AUGUACGGCUCGACGACGACAACCCCAAGCUCAGCUCAGAGCAGGAGAUUACUCGAUGACUCUUUGGCGGUGCAAAACGAAACUUCCAACAUGGCGGACGACGUGAUGGCAAGAUUAUUCGGGCAGCGAGAGACGCUGGAGUCGGCACAACAGAGGUUGGGGGACAUGCGAGGCAUGACGGAUGAGGCGCGUUUGCACCUGAAGGAGAUGGAACAGAAGGCUUUGAGGCAGAAGAUCUGCUUGUACUUGACGAUAGCGCUUCUGUCGAUAUUGAUCUGUUUGGUUAUAUACCGGGAGGUCACAAACGGGGGGCAUUUGUUUUAG